AUGAGCCAGCAACCCGACGGAGAGCCAUUGGUCUCCUCCCUCUGGACGAGGUCUCUCCUGUCCGGCGCUGUCGCAGGCCUAACCGUCGACUGCUCUCUCUACCCCCUCGACACCAUCAAAACCCGCCUCCAAAAGGCACGCGACCCCACCGCACCCCAAGCAACCCGGGUCUCUCUGCGCCAAACAGUCCGUGGAAUCUACGCCGGUCUCCCCUCCGUCCUCUUCGGCUCCGCUCCCUCCGCCGCAUCCUUCUUCAUCGUCUACGACGGCGUCAAGCGCCAGCUCCUUCCCCCGACCACAGGCUCGGCACCCUCCGAAGCACCCUCCCGCGCCCAUGUCUUCUUCACACACUCCGUUGCCUCCUCACUGGGUGAGAUCGCCGCUUGCGCUGUGCGCGUGCCGACCGAGGUCGUCAAGCAGCGUGCUCAGGCUGGCCUAUUCGGUGGCUCGACUCUGCUUGCCUUGAAAGAUAUCUUAUCUUUACGACAUGCCGCGCCUCCUCCUUCUCCAACUGCGGGGACAAAUGCAACCGGAGCUGCUACCGCCGCGGCCCCUGUGAAUCGGGGCUAUGGCCAGGUAUUCCGCGAACUGUACCGCGGUGCCGGUAUCACGAUCGCGCGCGAGAUCCCCUUUACCGUGCUCCAGUUCACCAUGUGGGAGUCUAUGAAGGAAGGAUAUGCCCAACGCUACCUCCGGAAAACAGAUGUUGGGUCUGGAGCGGUCAUUCAGGAGCAGAUCCCCGCUUCGACGAGUGCCAUGUUUGGUAGCGUUGCGGGUUCUAUUGCAGCCGGCCUGACUACCCCCUUGGAUGUUAUCAAGACCCGCGUUAUGUUGGCCCGUCGUAGCGAUGGUGCCGGGUCUCCGGUUCGUGUUAAGGAGAUCGUGCGGGGAAUUGCGCAGGAGGGAUUGGGUGCCUUCUGGCGUGGAAUUGGGCCGCGUGUGGCAUGGAUUGGUAUUGGUGGUGCUGUCUUCUUGGGCAGUUAUCAGUGGGCGUGGAAUACGUUGGAGAAUAACCAGCGAGCGGAGGACGAGUGA